GAAGACAUCUGGCACUCAUUUCUGAUGUUCCGUUUAUGUAUGGUAAUGUGAUGAUUUUUACUGCUUCGUUCGGUUUCUUGUUGCUUUUGUCAGUUUGUGUUUUGCUUUGUAUUUUGUUUAUAGUUUUGUUUAUGAAGUUUCUAGGGUAUUUACAUGUUAUAAAUGGCAACACGAAUCCAAUAUAAAAACAUUGCCCAGUUUCGUAACGAAUCCGUAAUCUAUUGCCCUAGUGUGAAUAAAACAACGUCAGAAUGAAAAACUAAAUAAUUGUUAUAUUGUAUAGGUAAAAAGCUAGAAACUAAUAAUGGUACAUGAAAAAAUUUUAAGGUUUGCCACGCACGUCAACGCUCUAGACAAUUCCAUUGAUUUGACAAGUUUGAAACACGCUAAUACGUACAUAAUCGUUAGAUACAAAAAAGUAGUCACGUAAAAAAUUAUCUUAAAUCUUAUCAGUAAUUUUAGUAAUGUUCUUUUAUGUAUAGUUAUUCUGCUUUUUGUGGUAACAAAACAUACGCUAUAACGCCAGAGAUGUUUUGACAGCUCGAUCACUAAAAUCUUGUGGCAAUUAAUUCCACCGGCAAGUUUUCGUUUGGUCAAGUUAGCCAGAUUGUGGCAGAAAUGAACGUUACAGUAAACAAAACAGAGUCAUAUGGUCAUGAGGAAACAAUCGCAUCAAUGGCAAUGUCAAUGAUGGGUGUCGUAAACAACAGUCUUCUUAUCAUUGUUAUUCUGGUGGAUCCUCUUCAUAUUAUAAGACGAGGACCAUGGAUAACUAUUCUUAGCUUAGCCUCAGCCGAUUUUAUUGCUUCUCUUUCAAAGUUCUUGACACUUGGAUUAACAGCGGAGUUUGGUAUCGAAGUGUCAAAUGAAAUCAUAGUUGCUUGUUUAUACAUGUGGAUGCUUGGAGCGGCAGGCUCAUUUUUUCACUUGACAUCACUUACAUGGCAAACCCUUGCCACUGCUAAAUAUCCUAUACGUAGUCGACAGAUGUUAUCUACGAGAAAAGUUAUCAUCCUAUGCAUAACAAUGUGGUUUGUGGCCAGUUGCAUUGCUUCAGGAGAAAUUUCACAUGAAAUUUUCGAUAUUUCGUUCGAGCAGGUGAUGCAUAUCUAUAUAACCGAAUAUGCCGUUUUAGAAUUUGCUGUUUUCCUCCAAAUUAUCAUGAAGUGUUUUAUCAUCAAGGAAGUAAUGCUAAGUCGACGAAAUGCAAAUAUGAAUGGGAAACAACAGAACAGUAAACACCUCGAAAUUGCAAAGACAAUCGUCAUUCUGAAUAUAGUUUUAUUUGUAACUGCCUUUCCAUAUUUUGUCGCCAAACAAGUGGAAUUCAUCGAGAGAUUAGGGAAAAUACAGAGCAGCUAUGCUCGACACUUUGCAUUGCACUAUGAACCAGUUGCUUUGUUGAAUUUUGCUCUCAAUCCAAUCGUAUACGCACUUAGGCUUAAGAAUUAUCGCAAUAGUCUUAAAUCGUUUUUUAGAUAUUUUCGAAAUUCGAGAUCUAAUCUCAAUUUUCUGAACUAUACAUCUGUUUCUAGAAGAAACGCAGCAGAUGUGUAGAUAAAAUGCAAGAUGGCCCAUGGUGACGACAUAUUCGAUAAACUGCAAUAAUUGCCCAUUGAUUCUUCAUUCAACAUUUAUAAACUUGUGUCACAAAGCUGCACGAUAUCUACUUGUUAAGUAUUUAAAAGUAGAGAAUACAUUUAGAUAGAAAGGAAUUCCCCCAUAAAAAUUACAUGUAUAUGCUUCCACAAAGAUAUCAAUUGUUGUGGUA